CGGCUGCGGAGGCGGGGGAGGAGAAAGAAGCCGAGGAGGCGGCUCUCGCGCUCGCAGGGCCGUGCCACCUGCCCGCUCACUCGCUGCCGUCGCGCUCCUUACCGCCAACAUGCUGCCGAGACUGGGCGGCCCCGCGCUGCCGCUGCUGCUGUCGCCGCUGCUGCUGUUGCUGGGAGCGGGAGGCGGUGGCCUCGGGGCGCGCGCCGAGGUGCUGUUCCGCUGCCCGCUCUGCACGCCGGAGCGGCUGGCCGUCUGCGGGCCCCCGCCGGCCGCGCCACCCGCCGCGGUGGCUGGGGCGGCCACUGGCGCUCGUGCGCCCUGCGCGGAGCUGGUCCGGGAGCCGGGCUGCGGCUGCUGCUCGGUGUGCGCCCGGAUGGAGGGCGAGGCGUGCGGCGUCUACACCCCGCGCUGCGCCCAGGGGCUGCGCUGCUAUCCCGACCCGGACUCCGAACUGCCCCUGCAGGCGCUGGUCAUGGGCGAGGGCACUUGCGAAAAGCGCCGGGACGCCGAGUACGGCGCCAGCCCGGAGCAGGUUGCAGACAAUGGCGAUGACCACUCAGAAGGAGGCUUGGUCGAGAAUCAUGUAGACGGGACCAUGAACAUGCUGGGGGGUGGAGGCAGCGCUGGACGGAAGCCCCUCAAGUCUGGCAUGAAGGAGCUGGCCGUGUUCCGGGAGAAGGUCACGGAGCAGCACCGGCAGAUGGGCAAGGGUGGCAAGCACCACCUUGGCCUGGAGGAGCCCAAGAAGCUGCGGCCCCCACCUGCCAGGACCCCCUGCCAGCAGGAACUGGACCAGGUCCUGGAGCGGAUCUCCACCAUGCGCCUUCCAGAUGAGCGGGGCCCUCUGGAGCACCUCUACUCCCUGCACAUCCCCAACUGUGACAAGCAUGGCCUGUACAACCUCAAACAGUGCAAGAUGUCUCUGAAUGGGCAGCGUGGAGAGUGCUGGUGUGUCAACCCCAACACUGGGAAGCUGAUCCAGGGAGCCCCCACCAUCCGGGGGGACCCUGAGUGUCAUCUCUUCUACAAUGAGCAGCAGGAGGCUCACGGGGUGCACACCCAGCGGGUGCAGUAAACCACAGCCAGCGGUGCCUGGCCCUCCACCCCACCCCUCUCUAGACCCCGCAGAAAACGGAGAGUGCUCGGGUGAUGGGUGGUGGGGGAUCUUCCAGGAGUCCUUGACCUGUGUAUUUAUAUUUGGCAAGAGACCAGCACCAAGCUCGGCACCCUCCCCUGCCUACCCCCCUCAGCCCCCAGCUGGAGAUGCCUACACCCCUCCCUUCUUGCUCGCUCCCUGGGGAGGAAGGGGAGCUAUGGUAGGGGAGCUGGGAUAAAGCUUUGGGGGGGGGAAGAAAUUUUUAUUUUUGAACCCCUGUGUCUCUUUUGCUUAAGAUUAAAAGAAGGAAAA